AUGAUAAAAUAUGGAUUUAGCCAAAUCAUUAAAAGAAUACCAAUUCAAGACUCCUUUCUUAUGAAAAGUAUAUUCUAUAAAAUAAAAUAAUUUAGUACUCCAUUUUUGUUUGACAAUUGAAAAAUCAGCCAUAGCGAUUGGCAAAUUUAGAGAAAAAAAGACAUAAUAAGUUAGUUUUAAAUCAAUCAAACUAUCUACUUCAGCAAAAGAAAUCUAGGAAUUCCCUGUGUUCAUUGUUAUUUAUUUUUUAUGA